AUGUCUGACUGGAGAGAGCGUGGCGAAGUAGCAGACUCCGAAGACGAGGGCGAAUUCUCAAGCGAUGAUGAAUCGCCAGCCAUUUCGCCGACGCAAUUGGCAACGAAGGCCUCAACCUCGAAGAACCAAUUAGCUGAAAGUAUAUGGGAUUUUCCCGGAUCUGAUGAUGACGAGCAGAGUCGCGUCCCUAUCUCGAAGGCAUCUCCAGUGUCGUCGAGACCAGGUUUGGGAGAAUUGAACCAGCCUUUAAACACUUCGCCAUCUCGAACGGAGGAUAUUGUUCAAAGUCUGGUUCAGCCAUCGCCUCUGGAGAAAGCAGGAACAAAUCCCCCAUCUGAUGUUUUCACUGUCGACGACGUUGUCUCCCGCAACAGCCAUAGUACAUUGGGCGCCUCCAGCCCCAAAUCCAGAAGUACCACACCAGCCCAAAAUGACGGCAUCAACACGUCUGUUUCAUCACCUUCGAUGUCGCCAAAUGCCACGGCGACGGAUCAGAGAAGCGAGGUUGGACAGCAUGGUCCUCAUUGGGAAACCACAGCGGCUACGUCGUCCCGCCAUACGCGUUCUUUACGACAAAGAAAGCCCCAGCAGCAAUAUCCCUAUUCCUAUGAUAACGUAUAUUACAGAAAGUUUUUCCCACAACUUGGUGUUAAACCCAUGAGAUUACCAACUGACAUAGGAGGAAGACAUCAACUAGCAGGAGCUUUGCCGGACGAAAAUCUUGAUCAGUACAGCCCGAGUGACGGUUUGCCGCCAGGAACCGAUAGAACGGAUGACGGCAGCUUUGCAGCUACCCAGAGUGAACAUGAUGAGCUGGAUAUAGCUACAGCCUCUUUGGACCUAUCACGGUCACGUAAACCAUCGGCUGCCAGCAGCUUAGCUAGCUCAGCAACCGAUACUGUUGGUCAUGAUGCUCUCGACCAAGAUUUGCCAGGCCUAGAUGAGCUACUAAAUGCACACUCGCCCGCUAGCGAAGAUAACAUUGCAAACCAUAAAACAUCUCAAGUUUUGCGACUCACACAGAGAGCCAGAAGGCGAGAUAUUAUCUAUAGCGAUCCACCAGAACCAAUGACUACAAUUUCCCGAAGAUCAGUCUCUCCUAGUCGCCCCUCAGUGUCUCCAGAUUUAGAUACACAGCAAAUUCCACAAUCAAGAUCCAAUAUCCCCAUUGACUGGGAUGACCCUUUCACGGAACUAAUACCAAGGCCUUUAGUUUCUGCAACUCCAAUAGAAGUGUCUUCUCAGGAGCCAGACAAUCAGGAUGAGCAUGACCAACCAGGGUACAGUGAAGAUUCUGAGACUGGAGAUGAAACUGAAAGCGACGCAUAUCAGCUGGUGACUACGUACCGGCGCCGCAUCAAAGGCGUUCUUCCCGCUUCUUGGCUGAGACUAGACCAGCAGCUGAGUAAAAAUAACGAUCGCCAAGGUCCCAAGAAGAGGACACAGCAUCGGCAUCCCAACGAGCAGCAACGUGGUGUGGCACUGAAAAAGAAGUCAAUCUCUGAUUCUACCGCUGUCCCCCUUCUCCCACUGGAAUUGAAUCAAGAAACUCUUGCAGACUAUAUGACAGAUGAUACAUCUGAACGUCAAGCCGAGGGAUCUGCCUCAACUCCUAUUUCUAGUCAAGAAGUCAAACAGGUCGAUGACAUGCCAGUGAUUGUUGGCAGUAAACGUCAGCUCCAGCUUCCUAAGGCGACAGUAUCAGGCAGAAAACGAACUAAAUUGUCAACUGGAUCUCGGGUCAGAUCCGGCCAAACUCGUGGAAAACAAAUGACCAUGGACGGCUUUCUUCUCUCUCAAUCCAAUGUAUUACCUGAAUCACCGGCCAUUGGUCAAUUCUCGAAUAAUGCUUCGCAAAAGCCAAAAAGUAAGCAUAGAAAGUCAUCUAACAGACGAAGACCUCGAAUGGAAUCUAUCCCCCUGUUGAGUAUUCUUGAUACAAUAGAGCCAGGCGCCCCUAGGUUUAUACGUAUUGCUGCACGCUCUGCUAAGCAAACACUCAAUCAGGGGCGUAGCAAUGUGCAGCAAAAAGUCAUCAAGCUCGCUACAAGGCAGGACCAGGUGGACGCUAUAUCUACAUUGGAAAAAUGGAAAUCAGGCACAAUUCAUCAGCGACCAUCAGUAUCGAUAGCCAGCAAGUCUAAACAAAUGCAAUGCCAAAGAGCAAACAUGGGUCAGGAGAUAUCUAGUGUUGGGUCAACUUCAGAGCCCAAAUUCAACACACUAAGAAACUCUUCCCGGCGGUUGGUUAAAUAUCUCGAUGGAAGCGGUUCGGCUGGGUACAGACGAAGUGAUUCAUACCGAAAUAACAUCACGGGGCCUCAGCCUAAUAUGGGUGAGACGAGUCCUUUACCUUUACCUGCACCCGUUUCCCGAGCUGCUCAAUUGGAGACGGAUGAAAGAGCGAGGAGAGCCAGAAUGUCAUUUACUUCCAGGAAAGGGACCUUAGAUCAUAUCUUCAGAGCUCAAAAACGAAAGGGGUCCAGUUGGCGUUUAACUGGCAAUAUCAACGCUAUAGCUACAAGCUCAACGUCCACAAAUCUCACCAGAGCAGAGCAUGCAACGGUAGAGGAGCCCCAGGAACCAGUGAACACUCAAUCAAGACCUCAGCGAUUUCGGAAAAGCAUUAAACCUCGUCGGAUUGAUGUCAAAGCACCCCAAUAUACCCAUGCUCACGAUCCUCUUCCUAUACAUUCCUCUGUUGUGGACACUGAAUCUCUGCAUGAAAAGAGCAAGCUCUCCGGUCUGGCGCCCUAUGGCUAUCAAUACACUAGUCACUUUGAGAUAUUUCCUUUCAUGCCUGAUGUUCGAUUUCAUGAAUCAACUUUUCUUGGCAGCGGCAUUCUGACGAAAUUAUGGAUGGGAGAUUCAGACUUAAAUAUACCCAGUCAUAAAAUACGAGUCUCAGUCAGCUUUGGCGAGCAUGUCUUUGACUGGGGAUCUUGGAAUGAGAAAGUAUCCUCAGAGACUGGAAUUUUAUUUGAUUCAAUAGCUGAGCUAUUAGAAGACGGCCAACGAUCCAGUACAUAUAAUGAUAACAGCGCUAUCAAUGCUAUUCAUUCGACCUUGGAAUACAUGAGAGGUGCUCUGAACUCAGUGACGUCUGAGUCACCAAUACCCCUCCUCAUAUCGCGACUGCAGGAGGUUUUCCACAACUUCGUUGCUCGAAUAGAGACAGGGCUAGACCGGUCGUUAAUUAAUUACGCCAAAGACAGUAACCUUAUCUUGAAAAUGCUUGACGGGGUCUUGUUAGCAUCUUCCCUAUUGAUGCAUACUUGUCAAAAAGUACCACAGUUAGCGGACCAACAACCCGCUGUGGAAGGAUUGCUAUUGUCACUAUCGCAGUUGAUGAUUUCGAUACUUCUCCGCGGCGGUCUUGACCAGGUCAAACAGGUGUACAACGACCUUGGCCAACUCAAUCGCCGCGAUCGUACGUUAAGAGGAAGUGCCGUUGCAGUACAUUCGUGGACACUUUUAAUACGAAUAUUCGAAUAUAUAAGCCCACAACAACUCUCUUUCUGGGGCGUAUUGCAGAGAGUCAUACUGCAGCCUCAUGUUCUUUCUGGCACCGAUGUCCUUGAAUUCGAAAUGGUCUGGGAGACUAUGUUCACACUCCUUCCAUUAUUUAAAUUUGAUAACACUGGGAGAAUAGUUACGGAAGAAUUUCGUGACAAAAGUGCUCAAGGAUGGGCAAUACCACAAAAACUUAUCCGACGAGUCUUUCAAUUGUAUCAGGACAACAAUCAUCAAGCUGCGAACUUCAAUAGCUACUGUCGGGCUCUAAUUUCACGAUGCCACUAUUUGGUUCAGCAAUGGGGCUGGUUUCAUAGCGCGCCCGUCGUCGGUGUCAUAUUUGAUUUCUUUGGAUCUCAAAAGCUUGCAAAUCUACGCAAUGAAGAAGUUUACCGAUCUCCAAGAUUCAUGAACAAUCUAUCUGGUAGGCCAGUGCUUGAGAUUGAGGCAGAUGACUGCUGCUUUCACAUAUUUCUCAAACUUCUUGCCGCAAGCAUCAGAAAACUCCGAGUGUUCGGCUCUGAGAAGGAUAUCCGUAACCUAGUGACUCGAACAAUACCAAAUCAUAGCCGAUUGUAUCUCAAGGAACACAAAAUUCUUGAGCGAGAUUUGGCUGCUUUAAGAAAUCAUCAUGACCUCAUUGGUACACUCUUCUGGGCAGCACCACCCGGCGUCCGACCUCAAAUAACUCUUAUUGAAGGGCUUAUUACUCCUGCUAGUUCUCACAAGGAGGCAUGCUUGAUAAACAUUAGAGCAUGGGCUCAGCUUGCGAGCUUUAUCGUUUCUUCCGGCGAAGCUAAAAAGUCCUUUGAACCAUUCAGAGAAUGGAGACACACAUUCUUUCAGGAGAUGAUAAUGCAAUUUGAUGGCAUUGCAGCAGAGAUCCAUCAGCAGAAUCUGGCUUUGUCCAAAAGUACGGAUCAGUGCGUUCCACAGGAUGUUGUGGAGGCUAUGAUUUCACAGAAUAAAGCGGCUGUUGUAGAGACGCUCUAUUUAUCAUUUACAGCUUCAGCAAAUGUAAUGAGAGAAGCUCUAGAUUUAGAGGCAGCGACGUACUGCUUGAACACGCCUCACUUGGAACGGAUUUUCCAAUAUUUCACCGUGCCACUACCCGAGCUUGAUUGGUCGAUUUUACGAGUAGCAUUGGCUAUAUUGGAUAUAUUCGUGUCCAAAAUCGAAGAAUUUAGACGUAGCCAGGAAAGCCAGCAGGGUGAGAGUCAAAUCUUAGACUCUGCGCAAGCAGACGAUGCAUUCCUGAUCCUAGAGCAGGACAUUUCUCGGACUUACUUUGCAAUGGCGCGAUGCAUAUUGUCAUUUCCAACAGAAAUGCCCGAUCAGCCAAAGGCAGAUACGGCCGACAAGGCCUUUUGCGUUAGACAGGUCAUUACAUUAUCCGCGAGAAUAGGGAUAGGCUUCAAUAACUGUGGCCUCCUAAAUCUUUCAGAUAUAUUUCAGCCUGGCAAGUUUUGCCUUUUUAGCGACGAUCAGCAUCUACUGGAUUUAUCUCAACGGCAAGCUUUUAUAUCGCUCACAUCCACUCUAUUGGACCAUGGGUUUGAUGACUUUUCUGACGCCGGUUUUACCGUUCCAGAAGUAUGGGUAGCAGCAUUAAUCACGCCUCUCAAAUAUUUAAAGUACGAGAAACUCAUUGCUUUACAAAGUUAUUGUUCUGCUAAAGGCAUUGUGCCCGAUAACAUAAUCGACUCAACGACUCAGCUUAGCUACAAAACAAAUAAACAACUGUUCGACCUCACAGUUUCGUCAUUGCGCAAAAUUACUCGCAGCUUGGAGCCUAGCACUGGACGACCCCUCGCUAAACUACUUGAGCUUGCAAUGAGGCUGAUGCAACACGACUUAGGUGUCAUGUAUACAGACGCUUCUCAGCAUCAGAACUACGUUGUCUUCGUCCAAGGCAUUAUAUCGUCAGUUAGGGCACACGGAUCAGGUUUAUGCAUGGUGGACAGCUUCUUCCUUCAAGUCAGCAAGGAGUAUUCACCACCCAUUCAGGACCCGCACCUUCAAAUCGCAAGUAUGCUAUCGUAUGGCAUUCUGAUAGAAGAAGGGGAAGAGGCUAGACCAGCUAAGCAGCUGUUCUUCCUAUUGCUUAGCAACUUCAAACACGCAUUGGCAAAUGGUAACCCCACAGAUGAUGCCAGAAUGCUCCGAAAAGGCAUGAAGCAUAAAAGCAUAUUAGCAUUUGUGCUAGGGAUGAUGCUCCCAGCCAUCAUCCGUGUCUCAUUUGCACUGAGCUCUUGCUUUCCUCUGUUAGAUGUCUACGCAACGGCUCUGCGGCUACUUUUAAAGGGACGAAUAUUAUCACAGCAGCUUGAUGAAAGUGACCUUAUUCAUGUUAGCGUUACAAUCCAUGCCAUUGUGGAAGGAAUGAGACAAAUGCGUCUUGGCCGUGAGAUUCCAUCUGGCCCCCGAAUUCAUGUUCUAGGGCAGGCGAUGAAUAUCCUAAACCUGCUAUGGCCAUCGCUAUUAAUUGCCAAUGCGCAGUGGCCUCGUAACCCAUGGCUCAUUAACAUAGCUUGCAAGCUUCGCGAUAUUGCUUCCUUUACGGAAGUCGCUCAGCCAUACCUUCGUGAUAUAACUGAGAUGGGAAACGAUUCACUUGAGAGCGAUCUGCUAUUUGAGGGCCUUGAAAUCGAACAUCCGCACACCUUUAACGCACAUGCAAAGGACAAAGCGAGCAAAAAGGCAAUGGGAUAG